CCGAGACCGUGGUUUCAGUCGGCACUCGGCACCCAAAUUAAGCACUUAGCCAUGGGUGUCGUAUAUAAUCCGGACCAAUCAACUCCAUCAUAGAAGCCAUUGAACUAGCCAGAUUCUACAAAUAACUGUCACCUAAGAGACCCAUACUUGAACAAUCUGAAGAAGUCUUUACCAAUUCUAAAAACUAGUUUUUGUCAAGAUAUAUAUCAAGCUUGAGAAUUCGGAUGAUUUCCCCAUUUUCUCUCUCCUCCAAGCAGUGAGAAAACUUAUGGUUCCCCAAUUGACUGAAAUUAGAGGAGCUUAUUAAAAAAAAAAGCUGAUAGUGUUACUUCUAGAGAUUCCAGAUGGAAAAACUGAUGAAUUCGGGAGAUCCCGAUGAGAAAAUUGGUCAAAAGCGUGAAAUUAGUAAUGGGACUUUGAUGAAUUUGAUGGAAAAAGAUAAUUUGGAGCGUAAUUUCGUUGAUGAUGAUUCAUUUACAACUCAACUAUCUGCAGUAGGAAGCAGUAAGAAGAUGAGUCUGAUGGAAGUGGCAAUACUUUUUGAAAAAUAUGCUAAAAGUGGUGCAUCAGUUCUUGAUCUUCAAGGAAAGUUAAUGCCUGAAGUAGAGUGGCUACCUUUGUCCCUUGUGGAACUGUCAAAUUUGACUGAAAUGAACAUAUCGAAGAACGAAAUUAUGGCCCUUCCUUCCAACAUCGGGGAGCUCAAAACAUUGAGAAAGUUUAUCAUCCACUCAAAUCAACUAAUAAACCUUCCAGGAUCGAUUGGAGAGAUUACGAGUCUUACUGAAUUCGAUCUUCAUGGCAAUAGGCUGAAGUCCCUGCCGCCUUCCUUUCAGAAGUUGGUAAACCUAGUCCAACUCGAUUUGAGCUCUAAUUUAUUUAACCAGUUGCCUGACUCAAUCUGCAACCUGAGCUCGUUAGAGAAGUUAAAUCUCGAAACUAAUGAACUCGAAGAGCUCCCUUGUGCUAUUGGUUCGUGUACAUCUUUGGUCGUGUUGCAAGUAGAUUUUAAUCGGCUAAAAUUUCUUCCUGAGACAAUUGGGGACCUUGAGAAUUUGGUGCUUCUGACACUGCGUUAUAAUAGAGUGACAAGUUUGCCAGAAUCAAUGAGCAAUCUUCAAAAUCUAGAGGAGCUCAAUUUAAGCUUUAAUGAGCUAAAGUCAAUCCCAGAGUGUUUGUGUUCUUUGAAGUGCUUGAAAAAACUGAAUAUUGGGAACAACUUUGUUGAUCUCACUUCCUUGCCAAGCUCAAUUGGCAACCUUGUAAUACUUGAGGAAUUGGAUAUCAGUUAUGAUCAAAUUAGAGUUCUGCCAGAUUCUGUCAGGUUCUUAUCAAAGCUGAAAGUAUUUCUUGCUGAUGAAACACCACUUGAAAUACCCCCAAGUGACAUUACUAAGCUGGGUGCUCAGGCUGUCGUUGAAUACAUGGCUGAACUUGUCGAUAAGAGAGACAGGUUUCCAAACCAAAUAAUGAAGAAAGGAAGGGGAUUAUGGUCCUGCAUUUUAUCUUGUUUUUGCCUUGAUGAAUUACUCCCUAUGGAGGAAACUAAGGAUGCAUAAAGCUUGGACACUCUCUCCUUUCUGUGUGUGUAUCUUGCUGACUUAUCUUCGCUGUAUAUAUGCAUAUUUCACAUCCCUACUUGAAAAUUACUGCUGUACUUGUAAAUUUAUGAUUGUCAAUCAUAAAAGAGUGCACAUGAUGAUAGAAAUUCAGAUGUCUUCCUUUCAUCUUGAUCAUUUGAAUUUCAAACUUUUGUCUC